UGCAAUAAGCCACGUUCGAGAUGACAGAUGAGAUGGUAUAUAAGGGUCCACGAUGUCCAGCUGUUGGAUCUCCUCAGAAUCAGCAGCAUCAGCACUUCAUUUAAGCUUACUCUUCCUCACCUUCUCCAUCUUUCAACCUUUGUCUUUCUGCAUUUCAGCCUCUUCACAAAUCUACCGCCAAAAUGAUGGAAACACUCCCCACCAAUCAAACUCUCCUCGAGAACCCCGAGCUCUGCACACUCGAGACAUGUCCCAUAAGCAUGGCCUCGGUCGAGUACCGGCCCGUCCUCUGGGGAAACAUUCUGUUCAUCGCCAUCUUCGGCGCCGGAGCCCUCAUCCACCUCGGCCUUGGCAUCCGCUACAAGACAUGGACGUUCAUGGUUGCCAUGGUCCUCGGUCUGAUCGGUGAAGUUGUCGGAUACGUCGGCCGAGUCAACCUGUGGGAUAACCCGUUCAACGGUGAUGCCUUUCUUGAAUACCUCGUCUGCCUCACAAUCGCCCCCGCCUUCCUCACAGCAGCAAUCUACCUAACCCUCUCCCGCAUCGUCGUCGCCUACGGCGAAAAAAUCUCCUACUUCAAACCACGGACGUACACAAUCACAUUCAUCACCUUCGACUUCAUCGCCCUCCUGCUGCAAGCCAUCGGCGGUGCAAUCGCCUCAACUGCCGACGACAACGACCGCGCGGCUACCGACCUCGGAAUCAACAUUAUGAUCGCUGGUUUGGCGUGGCAGGUUGCGUCGCUGCUCAUCUUUACUGCGAUGGCGAGCCAUUUCUUCUGGCGGGUGCGCAAGGCCGCCGGUGCGGAUUUCAACAUGGAUUUCGAGACGCUCCGGAAUGGGACGUACUUCAAGGCAUCUAUCUACGGUCUCGGACUCGCGACGCUCGUCAUCUUCAUACGAUCCGUCUUCCGAUGCGCGGAACUCUCCGAGGGCUUCGAUGGACAUCUCGCCAACGACGAGGUGACAUUCAUGAUCCUUGAAGCAACCAUGAUCGCCAUUUCUGUCAUCUGCCUCACAGCCUUCCACCCGGGUCUCGUCUGGAAGGGCCAGUGGGCGCAGGCUGUUUGGCAUACGCGCUCUAGCAAGGGGAGUGGAAGUGGGAACUAUGCUAAGGCGUCUGGGAGCAUUGAUUCGAUGGAUAUUUCGCUGAAUCCCGUUGGUGCGCAGUAUCCCGGUACUACGCCGUAUAACGCUCAGACAUCCUAUGGUGGGGCGCAUGUCUAGAUAAGAAAUAUAGGGUUGUGAGGGUGGAGUUUGGAUGUUCGAGGAUAUAGACUUGGGAUGUGAUUUUUCUGUGGGUUUUUGCGAAGCGAUUAUGAGAUGCGUUGUUUUCUUUUUCUUCUUUUCCUCUGUUGCUUCAAGUAUAGAUGACCGGAUAUCCAAUUUCGUUGAUAUUCAAAAGAGUGGCAACUUGUUUUCUGAGACAUAUGAAUGAGACAUGCAUGGACGCCUCAACUUAGUGCUUCCCAUACUCCGGUCCCAUCGCGAAAAAAAAAAUAAAAUAAAAUAAAAAGACUAG